AUGUUCAAAAUGCCCAUAUGUGUACAAAAUUCUAGUGAUAAGAUAGUAGAAUUAUCUCCGUUUGGUAUGCUUGAUAUUGUAAAUUAUUACAAUAGAAAAUCAGGACCUAAAAAGCAGCCUAAAAUCGGUCUAAAUACAGAUGAAGUCAAUUGUGUUCCACAUUUUGAUCCAGGUCUUUUUUCAUUAAGUAUUCUAUCUACAUGUGAAGGCCUUCAACUGCAGGAUCAAUUACAAGAUAAAUGGGUUGAUGGACCGAAUAACUCUGCACUUGAUCAACAUUCUAUUGGUGUCAUAUGGUUAGGUGAAGCGGCAAGUAUUCUUACCAAAAAUCGUUUUAAAUCUGGUAUUUAUCGAGUUGUCUAUCCACAUGUAAUACAUAAGCCACGUCUUACUAUUUGGCAAGAAAUUUGCACCAAAGCUCAGAUUGAUCCAUUAAUUUCAAAGAAGAAUAAUUCGAUUUUUAUACCGAAUAAUACUAAUAUUCGAAUGGUUAAUCAACUGAACUCAGUGCCACUUCGUGUUCUGUCUGGCGGUGAGAAUUUAAAUAAUUUUAUGAGACGAGUUGAAAAUGAACGUGGUCUAUCAAUAAGUAAAGCUGCUCCUCAUCAUGUUAAAAUGAUUUCUAAUAAUAAUUCUAAUACAUAUAAUAGUGAUGAUGAUGAUGAUCAAUAUACUUAG